AGUGUUUACAAACGGAUACAUCCGGUUGGUCCUAUCAAUUAGCGCGUUUGCUUAAAAUUUUACUUGGUUGUCACUAGUGCAGACUAGUUUCCUGACAAGUUUCCUGUUAGAAAACACUGCCGAUAUACUUUAUAGACGAUCAACUAGGUGGCAACUUAUCGAUAAAUGUUACUUUAUCUCAUUUUGCUAAUCAUUAACACAUGUCCUAAGAGACAGUUAGCUGUUAGCAGUGCAACAGAUGUGCAGCCUGGUAGUUUGAUUCAGGACAACAGGUGUUAGGUUUAGGUUUAGAGAUGGAAAAUUAUUAACCUGGGAGUUUCUCAUUCGUAACUGUCCUGAAAGAACCUGCAGGCCAUGUUUUCUUUCUUGAAAGGUCUGCUCCAGUUAGCUGACAUGUCGGUAUUCGGCAGCUGUUAACCUCGCUGGUACCUAAAAUUCACCACAUUUUUGUGUCAUGAACUUCGGCCGCGUCCUCUUGCGCUCCAGUUUGCAGUGUUCAAAAUUUCUUUGUUUUCAGAGGAUAAAUUCAGUGCUGAAGAAGCUAUAUUCUUCAUCUGCCAGUCAUAGUCCAAAAGUCAGAGCCUUUCAGCCAUCAGCACAUUGGUUUGGACUUCAGGCUACAGCUCAGCCCUGUUGUUAUCUGCCAGCAGUGAGUGACAUGCAGCCAUCCUGCCUCUCCUAUGGAAGAGAGACCAAUGUGGUGGCCUCUGAUGAUGAAGAUGACGAUGAAGAGUGUGGUGGUGAAAAUCUGGUUGAACAGGAUAGCAGAAUGCAAAAGGAAGAUAUGAUAAUCUCUGGUCAACUGGAUCUACAGAGUAUGGCCCGCAUAGGCAUCACAGAGACCAGAACCUCUACGGUGUCUCCAGCUUCCAAAGGAUCAAAUGAGAAAAUAUCAAAGAGUAAAAUAAGGAGGGAGAAGAAGAAGUUGAUGAAGAAAAAGCUUAAGUCAUCAGAUGCUUCUGCCAGUUUAAUGUCAGAGCUUCCAUUUGCUCUGACCAGUCCCACCACAUGGAAAGAGCUGGGAUUCCCCAACUCAGACUCUGCACAAAGAAAGAGGAAGCGAGGAGAUGGCGGAGGCCAAGUGGACAGUGAGGAAGGUGGAGACAAGAAGAAAAAAAAGAAAGGGAGCCAAAGACCAAACUAUUUUGUCUCCAUCCCCAUCACCAACACUCAGAUAAGCUCAGCUGUGACUGAAGUCCAAGAGGUGGUGCUUCAACAGGAGCCUCGAUUAGCCAAAGCCAUGAUCCCUGUCCCAACUCUUCAUAUCACACUAUUAGUCACUCAUCUUGCCCAUCAGGAGCAAGUAGAUCUGGCGGCAGCCGUGCUGGCUCAGGCCGAGCAGUCAGUGGCUGAGCUGCUGGGUGGGCGGGAUCUGGUGCUGCCUUUCUCAGGGAUCCGUCAUUUCAGGAAGGAGGUGGUGUUUGUUGGACUGGCUACUGGACAGCACACACGCACACUGGACAGUCUGGCAGGGUUGUUGAGGAGCCGUUUUGAGGAGCAGGGUCUUCUGCAAGGGGAGGGUCGUGGCUUUGAACCCCAUCUCACCAUUAUGAAGCUGUCCAGAGCAUCAAAACUGCGAUCUCAGGGUAUAAAGCGUGUGGAUCCAGCCCUUUACUCCGACUAUACGAGCAAAUUUUUUGGAAACCAGAUGGUGGAGCGAGUGGAUCUGUGUUCUAUGCUGAAAAAGAAGCAACAAGAUGGAUAUUACCACACUGAGACUUCACUACAGCUAAAUUUGACUCAAAGUCCCACCCAUGCCAAACGUUCAAGUGGGCGCCGCCGGUCUGAGCCCGAUGAGGCGGAGUUACUGAGGGUCAGCAAGCGAUUGGUUGAGGAUGCCAUCAGUCGCGCCUUGCAACAGUACAAACAAGAAACACUUCAAAAUGGGGGUGGGCCCAAUGCAGCGCCAGUGCAAUCUCCUGGAAAUACAGAGGAAACUCCUGCAAAGACGGACACUACAGCUAACUCCUCCACAGACAACAGGAAGUGACAUCGACUGACAGAGGCACGCAGACUGAAAAACCAGCAGCCCAGGAAACAUCAGCCCGGCCUGGCUUACCAGGGGAGAAGUCAGUAAGACCUGGGCACAAAGCCUGAACCAGCCAACCAGUCAGCCUACUUUGCUGACUAGCUAACAAAACUAGCCAAACCAAAAGCUAGCCACCCAUUCUGGUUACCUCCCACUUGAGCUAGCUGGACAUAGGGCUGGUUGAAUAGAAAAUGUAGCCUCAGAUCAAUGCUAAGUGACCGUCCCAUCAGGCCAGCUAGCUAAACAUGCUAGUUUACUCACUGACUGCUGUUCAACACCUAGCAGCAAUGAUUACAUCCCUUGUUCUUCUCUCAGCUGGGAGUCUGCCCAGAAAACAUGCGAAGCACUCUAAAGAUAGACAUGCACAUGUAGGCCUCACUGUGAUCUGACACUCAGAAACUGCCCUUUUAGAAGAAAAUUAUAUUUUGUAGAAAGUUUGGUUUAUCAUUACACUUAAAAAAAACUUGACAGAUCCUUAAUGUCCUUAUGAGUAUUUCAGGUAGAAAAAGUAUUUGAGCACUUUUGUCUACAAAAAUCAGUGCUUUCCACAUAGAUAAACGUCGCUCAAAUGUUCAUGUUUGUAGCUGAAAAGGAUGUAACGUUACCAGAGUCCUGUUGUGAGUGGCUGGAUUUUUCAAACAAACGUGGUUCAGUAUGUUGAACUUUUGGUUUGUGCAAGCUUUUGUUGAACUGUUUGUAUCUUGAGUGUCCACUUUAGGACAUGGCUCUUAUUUAAGCUUCCAGGAUUUUAGCUCCCUCUUCAGAUGUUUGUCCUCCAUUUUCCACACAUCGGCUGGUUACAGAAAAAGAUGUGCCCCCCCCUAACCUCUCAGCUGAGUUUUAGGUAUUGUAUAACAAUGUUGCAUUAACCAAGUGUGUUCUCCUAAGGCAGCACCAAGACAAUCGUCAAGUUAAGAUGGAUUCACCUUCGAAAUCCACACACACCUCAUCGGUUUGACGUCAACGACUAAGCUCCACAAGCAACACUAACUUUCUCAAGUUGUCAGGUGGAUUAGGGGCAGUCAUUUGGGGAAGCUGAGAAAUAAUCUAACAAUAUAGUACACUAUGAGUUGCCAAGAACACAUCUGUACAUCAUUAAUACCAAAACCUAAUUAAAAAAAUGUUUCAUCACUCAGCUUGUUUGUACAUGGAUGCGCUUUUUUUUUUGGGUUUGGUUUUCAAGCUGUAUGCUACCAUUGAUUUUUAUUGUUUUUUGGGGUAUAUGAAAUGAAUUUUUAUGAUCAGAAACAGAUUAUUUAUUAUAUAAUUUUCAUUUAAGUGCAUUCAUACACUGUGUUGAAUCCCAUAAGACACACGGGAGUCUGGCUUUUUGAGGCUCAGUGCUGAUGUGAGGAGCUUUUUUUUCCCCUGUAGUAGUGUUUAAGCAGUUAAAGCCAAGCAGUGAUUCAGAUGGCAGAGCUGAGGCCAAGGAGGUUAACUCAGACAAUCACUGCUUGUCGACUGAAAACCCUCCAGCUUUUUGAGUUCAACGUCUUCCCUCCUAAACUCUUACAUUAAGGCUUAACAGCUUAUUAAACCCAUCCAUACCAUUCUGAAAUAGCUGUUUAAAUUAAGGGAGAAAGUUUCUUUGAGAGAGAAUAAAAACACUACUGGAAAUAAGGUUUUCAACUGAAAGAUAGUGACAGCUACUGUAAAGGUGAUUAUUUAAUUAUUUUAGCUAAUUAUUUGCUUUGCUGUUUGACCACAGUUAUGUUUAUGUUGAAAAAAAAGUGAUUUAAUAUGAAAAAAUGAGGGUUUUGGAUUUUUUUUUUCUUUUGAGAGUAUUUUGAAGAUCUAAAAGCACAAGAUUUUAAAUUUCAGUUUUUAAUAGGUUUUAGUUUUAAAUUUUAUGGAGCAGGAAAUCAUACAAAUGCUGUCAGAUCAGCUUACUUUUGUUUAAAGUGGCCUUUAGUCACGAAAACAAAUUAAUGUGAUUCUGGUUUUUCUCGUUAAGUGCUUAACCUGUCAGUGCGUAGGCGACAUUUUUAGCCAGUGUGGGCGAGGAAGGCUCCCUUUGCUGUGGGAUUUGCCAAAGUCCUUAAAUGUCAACCUGCUGCUGAGAAGUUGGAUUUUUAUGUUAAAUGUAAAAUGAUUUUCAGCUACUUUAAGUUUGCUUUGAGCUGGAAAAUGCACUCAUCCCCAUGAAAUCCACGAACACCAUCACUUUGGACUCAUUGAAACGCGUGGAUUCUCUCUUAAGGAGGACUUUAUAGACUUUUCAGUUUAAUCUUUUAUUGUCACCAGAUCCUUAAUCUCCUUGGGAAAAAAAAAACAUCCCCUUUAAUACGCUAAUUGUCUUGUUGACCUGUGUGGUUAAUCUGUUCAUCUGUCUAAAGAUGCGUGAGUGUGUGUGUUUGCACAGCGCCAAUGGGGAUGUUUGAUCAGUGGCUCCCCUGAGACACUCCUGUCUGUAUCAAUCAUGGUGAGAUUUGGAGCUUUAUGUGUGUGAACAACCGUAAAAAACUGAGCUUUCUUUGUUUGGCCUUCCAUAUGUCCACAUCUGCGUUGGGCUGUGUGGGUGUGUUUCUUUGAACUGUGUACUGUAUAUCUUGUUCUGCCAUAUUUGAACAAUAAAACAGGAUAUGAGAUUCUAAA